AUGCCGGACGAUUAUCGGGAUGACUCUCUUGAAGAGGCGGAGCCGUUAACUGGAGAGGAUGGAGGUUUCAGAAGCAGGUGGAAUUCAGAAAAGAUGAUGGAAUUCGGGUCGCGGAAUUUGGGAUCUCGAUGGAUAUGGGUCGCUCAUGCGGUGUUAUUAUCGAUAUCGUUGGGAUGUCUGGCCCUGUCGGUUUACAUACGGCCAUCGUGGGGAGCGGAAACGGUACCUACUACAUAUUUACCUGCUCGAAGUGCCAUCAAAUACGAGAUCCAGCAAUUCGAUCUACCUCCUGUCCCUGUGGGACCAUUUGUAGGAAUGGGACCAGAAGUCGAUGCAGCGUGGGAUUAUAUCACAAAUGACAUCGGCGACACGAUGGUAUCCCGCGAAGAGAUGAUAAAAAUGAACCUCGACCCCGAAGGCGCCCUCGAAAUCACCGACCCGGCGACAGGCAAACGCGGCUUUCGCGUCGCCAUCGAAGUCUUCCACCAACUCCACUGCCUCGACCUCCUCCGUCAAUCCAACUACAAAUCUCACUACGCGCCUCUGGGAGGCGACACGGCAGCGCCAGCGCACGACCUAGCGGGCCAUAUGGAUCAUUGUAUUGAUGCCCUAAGACAGUUCGUGAUGUGUCAGGGCGAUGUGAAUAUCUUUGCAUUUAGAUUUCCAUUUAACGACGGAGAUCCCUGGCCGGAUUAUACGACGCCCAGGGUGUGUAGGAAUUAUGAGAGUAUUCGAAAAUGGGCGGUUGAGCAUACUGUUGCGCAGGGAGUGGAUGAGCCGGAUCAUUAG